AUGGGAAUAUGGAACACAAGGGGUCUUAAUGAUCCUUUGAAACAAGUGGAGGUUAAAAAUUUGAUUAGAGAUAGUGGUUUGAGCUUAUUAGGUAUUGUGGAAACUCAUGUCCAAGAGUCUAAUAAGGACAGAAUUAGAAGAAAUAUUAAUCCUAAUUGGAAGUUUAUUGAUAACUAUUCCAUGGAUGGUGCUGGUAGAAUUUGGGUAGGAUGGGAUCCUACUAUUUUGAAGGUUCCAGAGUUACAUAGUUCUUCUCAAGCUAUGUAUUUAGAAGUUGCUGAUUGUUAUGAUAAGUCCUUUGUGGUUACUAUUAUUUAUGGAAGUAAUGAUAUUGUUAUUAGAAGACAUCUUUGGAGUGAAAUAACAACUUUUGCUUGCUAUAACCAUAAACCAUGGGUGUUAUUAGGUGAUUUUAAUUCUUUGUUGGAUGUUGGAGAUAAAGAAGCUCACAUUUUUGAUUUGAGAUACUCUGGUUGUUUUUACACUUGGAGUAAUAAGCAGGAGGGUGAGAACAAAAUUGCCUCAAAAAUUGAUAGAAUAAUGGUGAAUAUGGAGUGGGUUGAAGUUUUUACUGAUUCCACUGCUGAGUUUUUAUUUCCUGGGAUUUCAGAUCACAGUCCAGGAGUAAUAAGUAUUUUUGAAGGUAGGUAUCAUGGGCCACCUCCUUUCAAAUUAUGUAAUUUUUGGGUGAAUGAACCAGACUUUAUGGAUAUUGUGAGACAAUCCUGGAUGGAGCCAAUGCAUGGUAACCCUAUGAUGGUGUUGGUUAAUAAACUCAAGAGACUUAAGAAUGUGCUUAUCAAAUGGAAAAAUGAUAGAUUUAAGAAAUUUUCUGAGCAAGUUUUAACUGCCAAAUCUUCUAUGGAUGAAGUGCAAAGACAACUGCAAGCUCAACCUCUGAGGAAUGAUCUAGUGGUUAAAGAAAAAGAAGAUGUUAAGACCUAUGCUAAAUUGGCUAGGUAUGAAGAGUCUAUUAAUAAGGAGAAGUCUAAGGUAAGGUGGAUGGAGACUGGUGACUUAAACACAAGAUUCUUUUUCAAUUCUUUGAAGGAGCGAAGAUCAAGAAAUAAUAUUCUUGUGGUGAAUUCAAGGGCUGAUGUUAAGUUGGAGGAUGAUAGGUUGAUUGGGAAAGAGUAUGUGGAUUUCUUUAGUAGCCUGUUUGGUGGUGACUCUGAUCAUGGGGAAAUGCAAGAGAAAGCUCCAGGUCCUGAUGGAUUUAAUAGUUUCUUCUUCAAAAGUGCUUGGUCUGUUAUUGGAGAUGAUUUUGUGGCUGCUGUUAGUAAUUUUUUCAAAACUGGCAGGUUACUUAAAGAGGUAAAUAGUACAUUCAUCACUCUAGUUGCUAAGUGUGAGAAUGCUUCCACAGUUUUGGAUUUCAGACCUAUUUCCUGUUGGAGGUCUAUUCAGGAAAAUAUACUCCUUGCUCAUGAAAUGGUUAGGAAUUACCAUAAGUCUGGAGGUAUCCCUAGACGUGCUCUUAAAAUAGACCUCCAAAAGGCUUAUGAUACAGUCAGUUGGGAAGCUAUAGCUGCUGUGAUGAGGAAGUUUGGUUUUCCACAGAAGUUUAUUGACUGUAUUAUGCAACAAGUUAUAUCUUGUAAUUAUGGUCUGCAUCCUAAGUGUAAGGGUACUAAGUUAACCCACUUAUGUUUUGCUGAUGACAUUUUAGUAUUCUUCAAGGGUAAUGUAAAGUCUGCUCAAGUUCUUUCACAGGUAAAGAUACCAUCUGGACUCAAUGGAUACAUUUCAGUCUUAUUAAAAAGAGGGAUUUCUGGUCUUUAG